UCCCCUCCACUCUUCCUUUCCUUUCCCUCCGACCACCACGACUCCGCCUCCCUCCUCCUCCUCCUCCUCCUCAUCCUCUUCCCAGAAAGGCAAAGCCCCAUGGCCGCCGCCGAGCUGCCGCCGCCCUCCGGGACGGGCUUCUUCGGCAUGCUCAGCUUCCGCCGCAGCGCCACCGCCGUCGCGUCCUUCGACCCCGCGCAGGACGACGAGCUCCUCGCGCUCGACGCCCUCCAGUCCCACGUCGCCGACCGUCUCAACGCGCUCUCCGCGCACGGCGCCACCCCGGGCGCCCCGCUCCUCUCCCUCCCCUUCCUCUCCAAGCUCCUCGACGCCGUCGUCUCCUCCGACGCCGCCUUCCGCGGCGUCCUCGCUCUCACCCCCGUCGCCGCCGCGCUCGCCAGGCCUCCCGCUGACCGCCUCGCCACCGACCUCCUCGACCGCGCCGUCAAGACGCUCGACGUCCUCAACGCCGCGUCCCUCACGCUCGCCUCGCUCCGGGCCGCGCACCGCGCCGCGCUCGCCGCAGCCUCCUGCCUCCUUCUCGCGCCGUCGCUCCACACCGCGCACCUCGCCCGCGCGCGAAGGGCCAUCGCCAGGCUCUUCCCCGCCGACGACGCAUCCCCCAACACCGCCAAGGCCUCCGGAUGCUCCGCGGCCUCGCCCUCCGCGCGCACCAUGCGCGCGCUCUCCCUCAGCGUCUCCAAGAACUGGUCCGCGGGCCGACACAUGAACGCCAUGGCGGCGCACCUCGCGCCGCCGCCGCAGUCGUCGGCCGCCGCCGCCGCCGCCGGGGCGGGGUGCGGGCUCGGACUCGCGCUCUACACCAUGAGCUCCGUCCUCGUCUUCGCCAUGUGGGCGCUGGUCGGCGCGGUGCCGUGCCAGGACCGGGCGUCCGCGGCCAGCAACCCGCCCGUCGCGCCGCCCAAGCAGGCGCAGUGGGCGGCGCCCAUGUCCGCGCUGCAGGACCGGAUCGCGGAGGAGUGGAGGCGCAAGGAAAAGAAAGGGUCUUGCUCCGGCUCCGCGCCCACGGCGGGGCUGCUCGCGGAGAUGCAGACUCUGGAGCGCGCCGCGCGCGAGCUCAACAGCGUGCUCGAGGAGAUCACCGAGGAAGUAGAAGGGGAGGAGGACGAGGAACGGCGGCGGCAGGGGAUCGUGAGCGAGGACCGCGCGCGGGACGUGACGGAGCGCGCCGAGGAGCUGGCCGCGGCGUGCCGGGCGCUCGAGGACGGCCUCGCGCCGCUGGAGCGGCAGGUGCGCGCGGUGUUCCACCGUGUCGUCGCUUGCCGCGCGGAGGUCGUCCGCUGUAUGGACCUCAGCGCGCGCGCCGGCACCGCCACCGCCUCCUCUGCGUCAGGCGUGCCGCCGCAGCACCAGCACUCCUUCUGACGCGGGCGGCGAUCGUCGAUGAAUUGCUUGCUUGCUUGCUUGCUUUGGGGAUCACAAAUUGUUCUUUCCCCAUUGCCCUGUACUGUACCAUUCUUUGAUUUGUACUGCUGCCCUGCCAGUAAAAACGCCUCUCUUGUUUCUCAUGUCCUGUAGGAUGAAGAGCCUGUAUGUAAAAAACUAACAUCUUUGUUGGGUUAGUUUGUGUGUGUAUUAAUUUAAUUCUUGUGAAUGCUGAAGAGCAUAGCAGAAGAGAUUGUUGUAUGAGCAAUGAGUUUGAGCUAGCAUAGCAUUUGUGAA